AUGCUGUACCUCGUGGGUCUCGGCCUGGCGGAUGAGAAGGACAUUACUGUCAAGGGUUUGGACAUUGUGAAGAAAGCCGAGCGCGUCUAUCUCGAGGCAUAUACGGCGGUACUGCUGGUGGAGAAGGAUGUGCUUGAAGCAUUCUAUGGCCGCGAAGUCAUCAUUGCGGAUCGUGAAAUGGUCGAGUCUUCGAGCGACGAUAUCCUCAAGGACGCCGACAAGCUCGAUGUCGCAUUCCUCGUAGUAGGGGACCCAUUCGGCGCGACUACGCACACUGACCUUGUCCUCCGUGCCCGCGAGCUCUCUAUUCCCACCCGUUCGAUUCCCAACGCCAGCAUUCUCACUUCCAUUGGCACCACUGGCCUACAACUCUACAACUUCGGACAAACCGUAUCCAUGGUCUUUUUCCUCGAUAACUGGAAGCCCGCCUCCUUCUACGAUCGCAUAAAAGAGAAUGUCUCCAUCGGCUUGCACACGCUUGUGCUCCUAGAUAUCAAGGUCAAGGAGCAGAGUCUGGAGAACAUGGCCAGAGGACGCAAGAUCUAUGAGCCACCGCGGUACAUGACAGUCGCACAGUGCGCGCAGCAGAUGCUGGAAAUUGAAGAGGAUGUGAAGAAGGAAGGUGCAUACACAAAAGACAGUCUGGCUGUUGGUGUUGCAAGAGUAGGAGCAGAAGACCAGCAGAUCGUUGCAGGAACACUAGAACAGCUUUGUGAAGCGGAUCUAGGCAAGCCGCUGCAUAGUCUGGUGCUGCUGGGAAAACGUACGCAUGACCUUGAGAGGGAUUUCCUCGAGGAGUUUGCUGUGGAUAAGGAGAAGUUCAAGGAGAUUUGGAAGAGGGAUUAUGAGGGAAAGGCGUAA